AAACUGUAUUACAAGUCAUUUGAAAUAUAAUUGCGUAGUUGGAUUUUAGUUUUGCUGUUAGCUGAUCAGUGAGUGAACGUAUCGAUCAGUCUUUGCAUUGCUUUUGCCUUUCCUUGCAUGCCUUUUAAACGUUACCGUUAACGCUUUUUUGAACGAACGCCUAAUGGGAAAACAAAGUUGAUUCGAAAGUUGUGGACUAAACUAUAGACCGACGAAAUAAUCAGACUUUCAAAAUCGAAGAUAAGGACAUAAUGAAAAAUAAAAUCGACUUGACAAUGGCAUGGGGGAGGAUCUGAUUUCUGAUUGGAUGACCUUGACGAUCCGGAAGUAAGCGCCACGAAUGUACGCUUUAGAUUUGCAUGUUGGUAGUUUCUAGUUCUUGCCUGAAGAUAUCAUUGUGCUGUUUCCGUAUAUUUGAACCACGAGAUCUAUAUUUAAGUGUCUGCUCUAUCACCACUUGUUCUAGCCUUAUUUGGCAAGCCCAAGGUGUCAAAACUCUGCCUUAAAUUUGAAAUUCAAAUUUUUUUUGCCUCUGCCACGCACUCUGGUAAGAUGUGCUGUUUUGAUUCUUGUUUAUUCUGUUCACUCUGUGUCGAGUUUGUUUCAUGAACAAAUCAACGGUACUAUCAUGUUGAUAUAUCGAUUACAACUCGGUUAUAUGUUGAGAAAACAUAUAAGAUAUUUGUUUAUUCGAUGUAAGAGGUUGCACCAGUUUUGAUCUCAGGGUAGACACUCUAAGUGCCAAGCUGCUGAGACAACAAUAACAGUUCAUCUAUUUCAAUUUCUGUGAAACAAAUCUGGAAGGCACAUCAUGAAUUUAGUUCAUAAUAUACACAACAGCUGAAUCAGGGUAUCGCUGUUUAUUCGUAUAUUUUGAUUAUUUGAGUUUCAGUGAUGAUAUACAUUCAUAAAAUCUUUCUGAAAAAUAAAAAAUUGAGAGUGUAUGGAUCGUAAAUUUAUACUAACGAUCUGUGUAAGAAGCCCAAAGGAAAAAAUCUCUCGUUCAAGAUUGAUUCUUUUCCUAUAACCCGGGUAAAGUUUUUGACUGUGUUCGCUAACCUUAAUAUUUUCGCAUAUUUGAAGUAAAAUCUAGGGAACCGCCAGUUCCAAAAGUAACAGAUUUUGAAUAUUACUGUAUUUCCUUUUAAAACUCUUCCGAGAGUUUGUGUUCAUGUAAACAGGCCUUGAAUAAAUUAGCACAGGAAAACUGUAUGGAUAUUUACUGAAUACCUGGCUGAUUCCUGAGAUAUUUUUUUAUUUAUGGUUGUCGAAAAAUAUGCCUAAUUCUGUUAUAGAACGCAGUGCGAAUUUUCGGUUUAUACUCCGAAUUUUUCAAAUAUCUCAGGUUUAAUUACAAAAGCUUUCUCUUUACUUAGAUUUGUUGAUUUAAUCUCAGCGAGACCAUAAUCGGCGUGUAAACAAUUCCCCUCAAUUUCUUAUUCAUAAAGCUAUGCUUCAUCGUUGACAGCUCGGUAUAAAAGCCACUGUCAUUAAAUAUUAACAAACAUCCAAAGUUUUUUUUGCGUUCUUCUGUUCGACGAUUCGAACGGUCUUUCGCAAAAGCUGCGAUUCAAGUGGUGUGGGCUUCGGGUAAAUGCAAAUUUCACAGGGAUCAAGAUUAUCAAGGAAAACUAAAAAUACAACGCGUACGCAGCGACAAAUUCAAUCAAAAUUUAGGUUAGCCUUAGUUAGAAGGAAAGAAAAUUAGCCAAAGGGGAGCUUUAAACUGAGGACGUUUUCAAGGAGUCGACGAAGUGUUCGCUGAGGAACCGUCGGGUCAACUGCGUAAAAGUGCCGAAGAAAAAAAGCGGUCAUGGACAGUUAUUUGAUUUUGGAAACAUUGGACUAAAUACUUUGUUUUGAGAUUGUAACUAAGUGUCUGGCUUUGGCGAAGGAGAAUUCAAUCAAAACAAGGCCCUCACAGAUCAUUCUUUCAGCCUUUUCGCGAAUCGAAGUAAAUUCUUCAGCAAAUCUCUCGACGCGUUGUGACAGCCCUAGCGGCGGCCAUCUUGUUUAAUCUGCGGCAAAAGGUCAGCGACUGUGGGAAGAAUUUUCGACGAAAUCUUCGCUUAAAAUUCUUCGCAGGCUCCUCGGAAGCCUACAUUAGGGGAACGACACGCACACAUCCUGGUGUAAGACUUAGUUGAGAGAAGUUCGCAUUUCUAGACCAUUUUAAUCUUGAAUAUUUUAUUCUGGUGGAUUUCAUCUGUGAACUGAGUAAAUAGAAAACUGUCAUCAUGUGUUGCUCGUGCCUCUGUAGCUGCAUCCAGAAAUUUCUUGCAAAUUGCUGUAAAUGCCUGGGGAAAAGUUGCAUGGCAAUUUGCCGCGGGAUCUGCCGUUGCUUCUGCAAUGCUGUUUCGCCCGGCUGUGGAUUUCUCUGUCAGAUCAUUCUGUACGCCUUAUUCCAAGGUUUCAACAUUGGCACUGAUGUCGGAGUUUUCCUCGAAACGUCCGAAACGUACGCGCGAUGCGACGAGCUCUCAACCGCAACACUGCAACCCUUGAGCAACGACACCAACCUAACGCGCCCGUAUUGCGUCGCGACGGAAAACGCUACCCAGGUGUUGCUAGGUGAGAAGGCGGCAACGCUUAAGCUCCUCGAAGGCGUUUUCUUCUUCUUUAUCUGCCUCUCCGGAGGGAUGUACGUCGUUCACAUCGUGGUGCUCUUCCCGAACACGUGUAAGCAUUGGAGAGACGAAAACUUCGAGAACAUGGUGUCUGAGGCUGGGCCUUACUACCAGAAGAUCCUUCAGAUUCACACGCUGUUUCUUUUGGUGGAGACGCUGAUUCAUGACGUGCCUGUGUCAUGUCUGGCUGUAGAGCUGUGCGCGCAGAUGUGGGGAGCCGGUGGUAUCAACUGCUGGGACUGCGCCAUGACACCUGGAGAGCUCCCCCCAAAUCCACAGGCGCUGAUCAACUGCGAGAUGUGGCUAGGGCUUCUGUUAGGCUCCAUAGCUAUUGUCAGCAUCUACAAGGGUAUCUUGCCGCUGUACGCUUGGAUCGGGAACCCAUUCUGUUGGGCCUGUUACCCGCUCCGCAUCUGCGUAGUGCUCCCAGCUGGGUUCCUUUACUGUGUGCUCACCUUGGCCCCUGCCAUGGGAGUGGCCAUAAAUCGCCUGUUUGAUGUGGCGCCUCAGAUGAAGGACGAAAUGGGGACUAUAGCGCAGACCAUUUGGACGUUUGGCAUGUUUUUCUGGGGUAUUAUUUUCUUGUUGUCGUUCCUCUAUUGGUAUUUUUGUGGUAAAUGCCUCUGUGCCAUUUGCUGUCCGUGUGAGAGGAAGGAGAAAGCCGACGGCUCAAAAGAAGGAUGCUUGUGCUGUUAAGGACACGGUCGAACUAUUUUGGUUUUCGUCAUUUUUUGCUUUAUCGUUUGCUUUUUCUUUUCCUUGGAGGGGGAGGGCCAGGGGAGAAAGACUUGAUAGGGGAGGGGGGAGGGGGUGCUAUAGGAAUAAUGCGUGUAAGCUAUGUGGUAAUUGACAACUUGAGUUGCACCAUCGUGAUGUUCGUUUCAGUGAGUUCUUUUCGAAUAAUUAACGCAAUGCAGUACAAGUUGUUUAGUUUUGAGACGUUUGCGUCAUGCCAUCCUGUGCUGGAGAUAUUAUGACAUACAUAGACCAACACCGGGAAAAAAGCAAGAAAAGUAAACAAACAAUACGUACAGUCGCGGGUCAAUUGAAAGAAUCGACUGACUAUCAGCUUCGUUUCCUAGCAACUGGUUUCGAACCGUAGAACAAGUUACGUGCAGAAAAAAAAUGACCGUUGCUUGUAAUGGGAAGAAUUGCAAAUUUAACACGGAAAAGUUCUCGAAUAAACUUAAAUCCUAAGUCCUGCAGACAGUAGGCAUCUCACGUGACUCCCUGUGUCAUACAGAGCUGAAAGGACGGCGUACAGCGAUUGAACGUCAGAAACCGAGCGCUGCCGCUAAGUUGAUUUGAUUUUGUCUCAUCAAAAUGAGAAAAGAGACGCUAGGAAAAGAUUGACGAAGUGACGAAAAUUUAAACAAAAUAAAAAUAAAAUUAGAACUCUAAUUGGCUAGUGAAUAGUAAAAAAA